GCAUCAAGAUCGUCGAGAAUCCCAACGGUCUGGAUCUAUAAACAUCUGUAGUGGAGACCUCGAUGUGCGCCGCCGAAGUCCUCGAAGAGGGUUUGUUCCUGGGGACGUGCACAACACGCACAUCAAAUAAACCAAAAUGUACAAUGGCAUUGGACUUCAAACUCCACGUGGAUCCGGUACUAAUGGUCAUGUACAAAGAAAUUGGGCAAUAGUGCGUAAGAACAAGGAUAAGGUUGCUUAUAAAGCAGAAGAGACAAAAGGUGAUCAGUUGAAUAAGCAACCAAAUAAAGAAAUUCUAGAUCAUGCUAGAAAAAGAAGUAUCGAGGUCAAGUGCACCGAAUUGGCUGACAUUUUGGAAAAUCAAGGAUACACGAAUGAAGAGAUACAGAACAAAGUGGAGUCUUUCAGAUCGAUGUUAACGGGAAGUGAUAUUAAACCAUCCGUGCCGCAAGAUGAGUUUGGUCGUGUUAAUGUACGAGAGACACAUCAAAUCGCCGAGGCGCAGCAGGAGAAAAACGCGAAGCUGCGCGAGGCGUUCGGCAUCUCCGAGUUCUUCGUUGAAGGCAGUAGCCUAGAUCCGGAACGGCACGCGCGCGAAGCAGAGGCGCGAGCUGCCGCAGCCGCCGCCAGCAAGGUCUAUGAACUAGUACGCACGCCGAGUCCGGCGCCCCCGGCACCGUUGCCGGACGUCACCAGUGCCGAGAAAAAGAAGCGAAAACGUUCCGGCAGCGCUAGCAAGAAGAAGAAGACCAAGAAGCACAAACGAGAAAGAUCCGAAUCUCCGAAGUCCGGCAAGAAGAAAGAAAAGUCUAAGAAAAAGAAGAAGGAAAAGAAGCACAAGAAGGCAGAGGUCACGUCGUCAGAUAGUGACUCCAGCGAGGAUUCCGACGAUAGCAAUUCAUCUGAGAACGAAUCGAAGAAAAGGAAGAAGAAAAAGAAGAAAAAACUGAAAGUUGAGGGAAAGGACAAACACGAGAAGAAGAAGGCUUCGACUAAACGGAAACGUCAGUCAUCCGAAAGCUCCACGGACAGCUCUGCGGAACGACCGAAAAAAUUGGCAAAGCAUGAGAAAAACACUGACAAGAUAGACAAAGCGUCGAGAAAUGAAGUUUUCGAAAAUGCUGCAACUUCGCGGGAACCUGCUUCUCGAUCAACUCGAUCGCCCAAGCGAGUGGACCGGACGGCAGUGUCUCGAAAUGAGACUCCGCCACUCGUUAAUAAAACAAAGAAAGACUCACCGACGAAGAAGAACACGACGGAUAAGCGAGACAAGUCACCUGUCAGCCACAACAGAAGCCCUUUUUCGUCGUCACGGCGACAUAGAUCAUCCUCUCGAAGUAGAGGUGAUAGAGGCGACAGAGGUGACAGAGGCGACAGAAGUGACAGAGGUGACAGAGGCGACAGAGGCGAUAGAAGUGAUAGAGGAGGAAGGUCUCCUAGAAGAUACUCAAGAUCCCGUCGAGAAAGUCCAUCUCCUAAACGUAGGCGGGGCUACUCCAGAUCACCUAGGCGACACGGCAGGUAUUCUGCGUCGAGAAGCAGAAGCCGUUCUAGAUACGAUCGUUAUGGAUCCUCUCGCAGAAGGCCCGCAUCUCCUCUGCCAAGACGCAGGGAGACCGAUUCUCGUCGAAGAUCACGCUCGCCAAGGCGACAGCGUCGGCGAUCCCGGUCGCGUUCUACUUUGAGUUACUCGCCAAUAAGAAAGUAUCCGGAACGCUACAAAGAUAUUCUAGAAGAUUCUAGGAAACAACGGCGAGAUCAGAAAAAGAAGUCGAGAAACGACAAAGGAAAGUCACGUUCGACAUCAAGAAGCAGAAGGAUCCAGCAGGUGACAGUCACUCCUAGAGUAAGUCUGAGAUCAUCGAGCGAGGAUGAAGCCGAUCUGACGGACGACGAGCCCAGCAAACAGCAACAAAAAGAGGACGAAGAUAAAAGAAUCAUGGAGCUGAAUACUUUGAAACAGUUGCAGAGUGGCCUAGCGGCGAAGGCGCGUGAGACGUUGGAGAAGAAGGUGAUCAGUCCCACGAAGAUCAAGCACGACAGGCGAGAAGAUAAUCUGUUUGAUAUCGCUCUGCCGAGCGAGCCGCCGAAAACCAUUGUGCAGAAUGUAACGGCGCCGAUUUGCGACAGAUCUUUAUCAAAGGAACCUAUCGUGCAGGCUCUACCGGCUAUUCAGUCUCCCGUGUCUAGCAGAUCACCCUCACCGGCUCUUCCUCUUACUCGAGAAGAAGCGGCGAUCAAGAUCAGAUCGCCGAGCGAAUCACCUCCGCCGUUGCCACCCCAGCAGUCAUUCGACAAGGUCGAUCCUGCGCCGUCUGGCGUGAAAACCAAAACAACAAAUCGCCAGUUGUCGCCGAAUUUCUCCGACAAGAAAGAUUCGCCAUCAGUCGCGUCUUCGAGGAAAGACGCAUCCAAGUCGUCUUCUCGUUCUCCCGUGCCAGCGGUAGCACCUAGAGAAAGCAGUUCGUCAGUGAGAAAACUGCGCACGCCGAGUGAUUCGCCGCCGCCGUUGCCAAGCGCGAUUUUGCCAACCAAAUCGAAUCAACGCUCGAGAUCGCCGAAGAAGAGCAGAUCGUAUUCGAAAUCGGCGUCGAGGUCGUGCACGAGAUCGCCAUCCGUUGCGGACAAAGCGAGGUCUUCCAGAUCGCCGUCCGGUGACAAGGAAUCGCGGUCUCGCUCGCGAGACAAGAAAUUGUCAACGUCACCCGGUCGACGAUCGGCAUCCAGAUCCGUUUCCCGAACGAACAAAUCAUCGCCUAAAGCGUUGAGGACGAAGCAACAACGCUUGUCCCGAUCGAGAUCUUCCUCGGCAGAGUCGAAGCGUUCGAGCGUAUCAAGAUCGCCCUCGAGAUCCAAGAAGUCUGCCUCUCGAUCCCGAAGCAGAAAUCGAUCGUCGUCGAAGAGGAGAUCGCGCAGUCGUUCUUCCUUGUCAAAGAAAUCUAGGAGCAGAUCGCCGUCGAAGAAGAGAUCGCGCAGUCGCUCGUUGUCGAAGAAAUCGAAAAGCCGUUCGCGAUCGGCGUCGAGAACGUCGAGAGACAAGGACAAACGAAGUCGUACGAGAAGUAGCUCGCGUUCUUCUGUUAGUUCGAGACAUAGUCGAGGUAGAAGUUUCUCAAGCUCGUCGAGAUCGUCGAGCAGCGUUUCUAGCCGAUCCUCCCGCUCCGUCUCCAGCAGUUCCGCAUCCAGCAGAUCGCGCUCGCCGUCUAUACCUCGGCGACAUGGCUCGCCUAGCUUUCUAGAUAGACGACGUAUCACAAGUGCGAGGAAACGUCCGAUUCCGUAUCACCGACCCACUCCGACACCACCUUCGUCGCCGAGCACCUCCGAGAGUAGCAGGCAUAGUAACUGGUCCAGUCCGAGUCAUCGGUCCAGCUGUUCUGCAAGUCGUAGUCCGUCUUACACUCGUUCAUAAGAUGCGCGUAAAUUUUCUCUGAUGAAAGAGAAUCGACGUUCCUUCUUCUUUUUCGUGCGCGAUAGACUUGGAACGGCGUAGCUUGAUCCCUUUACGAUCCGACAAAAUCUCGGAGUCCCGUUAAGUGAGAGUUUUAUCUCGAAAUAUUGAUUUUUAAAUAUAUUCGAAUAUAAAUAUAUAUAUAUAUAUUUAUAAUUUAAAGCUAUAUAAUUGUAAAUAUAAUUUAAAAACUGAAAAAAAAAAAACACUCAAGUCACAUAUGGUUGAAGACAAUUCUGCGGAAGAGUCGAGUGUUAAGUUUUCUGAAACGACAAGAGAUAUACAGAAUGUCCAGAGAAAAGAUGGAUGUUGUUUCCUGCAAAAUUCGGGCAUUUCGACUUUUGUUAAAAAAAAUUCCAAAUUUAAAUAAGUUACUUAAACGCGUCGAGUUUUGCAAGAAAUAAAACUAUAUCCGUCCUAGAGUACCCGGUUUUCUGAGACAUCCUGUAUAUACAAAUAUUGUUUAUAUAAAAGUAAUCCAAACAAGAGAGAGUUGUAAGAGACAUCUAAACUCUUUUCGUUUGAAGAACGAAGACGACUUUUUAGACAUUUCUGCGUUUGUACAAAGAAAUUUUACGAGUUACUUUUACGAAUGUAGAAUAAAAAAAAUUGAGUUGCAAUUGGAAUUACGUUAGAAAAUUUGUGUACAGAUGUCACAAUUAUUUAAUUAUUUACUUAGCACGGAUUAUCUUUAACCGGCAACUUUUAAAGUUUUUCGAUUUGAACCAGAAACGCCAUUUCGAGAAUAAAUCGUCGAACUUUUGUAGUUAUUAAAAUUUUUUACUCAAAUCCGAGUAAUUGAUAUUAGAUUUCUAACAAAAAAAAGAACUACCAUUUUUUUACACUGACAAUCCAUUCCGUUUUCUCUUAUCGGAUGAGAAAUUUAUAUUUUAAUAAUUUGACAUUUGUAGUUCUUUUUUACGUUAAGGUGUAAAAUUUUAUUUUUACUAAAUUGUGUAAUUACUAGUCCGAUAAGCCGCGCGUAAACGUAAGCAAUAACGGAACGAAAAUCGAAUGUAGCCUUUUGUGUUUACGCGUUAGUUUGCUUGUCUUUUGUUUUUGCUAGUCAAAUAUACUCGCUAGAAAAUACCACCGAUAUAGUUUAUCAUAAUUGCUCACGCAAACAAUUUUCUAAAUAGCAAUAUAUCACAAAUUUUCAAGCGCAUUGAAAUGAAUUUGUGAUAAAUAAUUUUUUAGUGCAAUGUUAUAAUUCGUUCUACUGUACAUAAGCAAUUUUCUUGACGAAGUCUGCACUUUUCUAGUUUUUCUUACAGUCCUUUGCGCGAUAGAUAAUUUAUUUACACAGUUUGUCUUUUAUAUAUCCUUUGUUUUAUCCGGAAAAUGUUGUUAUAGAUACGAAUAUACACGUGCGCGCGGUGCAGGGAGAUGUGUGGUGUGUUUCUUCAGUUGUGUAUUUAUUUCUCUACUAUUUUUUAUAUUUAUUUCUUUUUUUUUUUUAUAAAAUAAUCUCUUAAUUUUACGACGCGGUAUGGAAGAUAUUGCAAUUUUCUUUUACAUGCGAUACUCGCAAUUGAAGAAAAAAAAAAGUAUUCUAGUCAUAGAGGAAGACGAUUUCUCGUCAAGGCCCCCGAGAGAUUGGGUCAGGCAGCAACGUACCAAAGACAAUUUGUAGAAUUACUAGUCUCUUAACGCGCGUUUGCGCGAAGUUAAGUCUCGAAAAUUAUAUAUGUAUAGGGUUAAAGAAGAGAAAUCGUACUUUGAAAAUUCUACAUUGUUUACUUAUUACACAGAGAAACUAUGUAGCGCUAGUUUUCAUUGUCAGUAACGACUGAUCUCUUUUUAACAAAGAAAGAAAAAAUAUCCCCCGCUGAUAUCAGAUAGUAGUAGAAAUGUCGGAUAUCUACAUCUUUUAAUUUUUUACACUCAAUGAGAUUUAAAAAAACAAACAAAUUGUUUUCGAUUUUCAAGAAAUGUGAGAAGAGUGUCACUGAAUUUGUGCGAAUCACGCGCUGUAUCAUUUUUGUUUCCAUGAGGACCCGUUGAUGUAGAACCGACAUUUUUAUAUGCAAUAACCUGAUAAAUACUCUCUCGAUGCCUGUAGCGCAGUAGGAACUCCGUCAAAUCAGUUUCUUCGUUUGAAGACAUAAUAUUCUUACGCUUUCUCCAGGAAGCUGAUAAUUACUCUUUUUAAUAUUUCUGUUCGAAUGUGUAUAGCGAACUUGAUGAGACUUGUGAAGACGACAACUCUGUUGUACCUUGUAAAAUUCCAUUGUCAUUUGCAACUGUCGAAAAGCGAUAAGAGACACGCUGUUUUUGUGUCCUCAAAACGCGUCCUCGAUUACAUUCCGAGUAGAACAUAUUAAUCUCUUUGUAAGUUCAUAAUUUUUUUGUUGAACUUUGUGGCUUUCAAACCCGAUGUCUGUAUCCCGCUUAUGAUUUGCGAAUCAUCGAAUGUUACUAUCUCGUUAAAGUGAAAGAAAUUCGGAUAUUAUAUAUGUAAUAUAAUCUGUAUUGUUGUUGUGUGAUUAAAUCGAAAAUCUCUUAAACAUU